UGACGAUGUAACCAUACACACUCGUAUAAAUUUUCUUUCUAUUGUAUUGUUUAACUGACAUUGCUUUUGUUACGACCUCGGCUUUCAUGUCCCUUCAUAAAGAAACGCCGAACAAAUACAUUCUCACGUUUCAUAUGUUGUAGAAGCGCAGGUAGAAUGGUAUACCAUCCAGUGUUAUAGCUGGGAUUUAAAAACGGCCUCAGCAAAUCACGUUGCAGAUACGCUACGGAGACGUAGAGUCCGUAUACCUGCGGCCGAACGUUAUAUGUGAACGCUCAGUUUAAAUGCAGACACCAUGUUACACGCAUCUUCUGGAAGUUGCAUUUGAAUUAUGAUAGUUCUGAAAUGAUCAAUCAUCAUUUACAAGGAGAGUUUCUGGAAGAGUUUGACAAUUUACAACAUAAUCUUCUGAGAGAGUUUGAAAGAUAUUAACAUAUUGCAAUAUCAAUCAUGAAGAAACCAAUCUUAUACAAAGUUGAGACAUACAUUGUGCCUGGAAUGGAGAACUUAUCAAUAAUUAAUGAGCUCGAUGAUCUUAAGACCAAAAAUCAGUUUGAUAUCAAGAGCGAAAGCAUAUUCGAAAACAGUAUGCAAAACGAGAAAGAUACAUCACUCGCUUCGAAUAAUAAACACGAAGAAAUCGAGACGUUUUCCACUGAAGAUAGCACAUUGAUUGGUAUAAAACUCGUGAAAGGCAACGAAGAACGAGAUUCUUUACACGACGAACAUUUGGAUAACGAUAUCAUCAAAUAUUAUAAUGACGCCAAUUCUUGCCGUUCUAACGAACGUGUACAAAAAAAGGAAUUUCAAGCGUCAAUUGGACCGCAGGAGUCAUUGUAUCCUGCGAAACAAUUUAGCAGGACGAACAGUUUGAUGUCGAUUGACGAGAGAAGUGAGAACUCCUUGGACUACAAGCUGAGCAACUUCUGCCGUCACGGUUACAAGAAUGGCUGUACCGCAUCGAUUCCGUCACCUAAAAAAGUCAGCGAGGAGAUCUUCAGAGAAAAUUAUUUGCACAAAAUUGAAAUCCUAAGGAAUCGUGAAACCAUCUUGCGGGAAAAGGAGAUAAAUCUGCAAAAAAGAGAGAGGGAGCUGUUUAGAAAAGAGAAGGAACUAAGGAUCGCAGAGAGACUUUUCAAUGAUAAAAUGAAACAGGCAGAACAGCAGCUAAAAUACCAAAAAAACAUGCUAGUCGAAAAGACCCUGGAGCAAGCGGCACAAAUUUUAUGUGAUAUCAAAAAAUCUAAUAAUCUUGUAGAAGAGAAAAUUAUGAGGAAAGACGAUAUUUUGAGAAAAGAAGAAAUUCCGAGACAAAUAGAAAUUCCCCAAAAAAUUGAAAUUUUGAAAAAAACGGAGAUCCCAAAAAAUCUUCAACCUAUUAUCAAUCCAUGCGAAAAAAAGGAAGAAAAGAUAAUGCAUUCGAUGCGUCCAAAUUCAUUGUCGAAGAAAUCCUUUUCUUCGAAGACUCAUUCGUACGCUACUAUAAGAUACAAAGAGCAACCUAAGAUGAAUUAUGACGAUCUAAAUUCAACGUUGUCAGCUGCCAGCGUAGAUACAUCUAACAUACGGACGUCGGUGCUGUUUAAUCCACUGCUUUAUAAGAAACCAGAUGCAUUCGCAAGAUCAACGAGCGAGCGAUGGACUAGGCACAAAGAUAUCACAGGAAAAUUGCAAAGAGUAACUGAGGAGAAACCCGAACACAUGAUCAAAGAGGAGAAAAUUUUUCGGAAGGUCAGCGAUAACAUAUGCGCUUUGCAGGAGAAGGAAACAAGGUUUCAGAAUUACGGACUCGUAGAUUAUAUUCCAGAUGAUAUUCCGGGCAAGGCAGAACGUAAUAAUAAAAACAAGCUGCCUUCAUAUCUCAAUUUAGAAACUGGCGAGAGAUGUAGCCAUCGAGAUCAAGCCAGCAUUUCCAAGGAUAGGCCAGUCUCCUGGACCACUGAAACGGACAAAUGGAUGCAAAAGCACAAGAUGUACAAUUCAGCGACCAAACAAUCGAUUGAGAAUAAGGAGAACGUCGUGUGCAAUAAACUCUGUAAUGCCAAGAAAAAAACGAAGAAAAAGUCGAAAAAAUUUUCUCUAUAUCCAUAGCACUUCAUGGUAUUAAUAAUACACUAAAAUGAGAAUAAUAAGAGAGUUAUUAUUGAUCAUUUGCAUUAGUUAAUCACUCGUACUACACUGGAUUAAUAUAUAUCAAAGACUGUUUU